GCCCUCCCCUCCUCCCGAGGAGCGACUCGGGCGGGCAGGACGUCCCGAGAAGGCCGCCCGCCCGCGGCCACGUCCCGGCCCGGCCCGAGCGCGCCGAGGAGCGGAGCCAGGGGCCGGCGCUCGCUCCGGCUCCCUCCCGGGCGCGCCGGAGCCGGGGGCGGCUGCUCCGGCUGCAGCCUCGAGGGCCUACGCCUCCCCCGGCCCAAGCUUCCCGCGGCUCCCGGCAACUUCAUUCGGCUCCUGCCACGGGGAGCGAGCUCGCCCAUCAGGUUCUCACAGCCCGGCCCGAACAUGCUGGACGGCUUGAAGAUGGAGGAGAACUUCCAAAGCGCCAUCGAGACGUCGGCCUCUUUUUCCUCGCUGCUGGGCAGAGCUGUGAGCCCCAAGUCUGUCUGCGAGGGCUGUCAACGGGUCAUCUCGGACAGGUUUCUGCUGCGGCUCAACGACAGCUUCUGGCAUGAGCAGUGCGUUCAGUGUGCCUCCUGCAAAGAGCCCCUGGAGACCACCUGCUUCUACCGGGACAAGAAGCUCUACUGCAAGUAUGACUAUGAAAAGCUGUUUGCUGUCAAAUGUGGGGGCUGCUUUGAGGCCAUUGCACCCAACGAGUUUGUUAUGCGGGCCCAGAAGAGCGUAUACCACCUGAGCUGCUUCUGUUGCUGUGUCUGUGAGCGGCAGCUGCAGAAGGGCGAUGAGUUUGUCCUGAAGGAGGGGCAGCUGCUCUGCAAAGGGGACUAUGAGAAGGAGCGGGAGCUGCUCAGCCUGGUGAGCCCGGCAGCAUCAGACUCAGGCAAAAGUGAUGAUGAAGAAAGUCUUUGCAAGUCAGCCCAUGGGGCGGGGAAAGGAGCCCCUGAGGAUGGCAAGGACCAUAAGCGCCCCAAACGUCCCAGAACCAUCUUGACAACCCAACAGAGGAGAGCAUUCAAGGCUUCUUUUGAAGUAUCCUCCAAGCCAUGCAGGAAGGUGAGGGAGACCCUGGCUGCAGAGACAGGGCUGAGCGUCCGUGUUGUUCAGGUGUGGUUCCAGAACCAGAGAGCUAAGAUGAAGAAACUGGCUCGACGGCAGCAACAGCAGCAACAAGAUCAGCAGAACACACAGAGGCUGAAUUCUGCUCAGACAAAUGGUGGCGGGAGCGCUGGGAUGGAAGGGAUCAUGAACCCCUACACGGCUCUGCCUACCCCACAGCAGCUCCUGGCCAUUGAGCAGAGCGUCUACAACUCAGAUCCCUUCCGACAGGGUCUCACCCCGCCCCAGAUGCCUGGAGACCACAUGCACCCCUAUGGUGCUGAGCCCCUUUUCCAUGACCUGGAUAGUGAUGACACCUCCCUCAGUAACCUGGGUGACUGUUUCCUAGCAACGUCGGAAGCUGGGCCCCUGCAGUCCAGAGUGGGAAACCCCAUUGACCACCUGUACUCCAUGCAGAAUUCUUACUUCACCUCUUGAGCCCUCCCCUGGAGUUCAGUGGCUGGGCUCCUGGUCUGGAACAGCCUUACUCUAUGAGGGGUUGGCCAGCUCUAGGUGGGGAGGCCAGGGAAGAGGUGGGUCGGGGAGGGAGUUUUGUUGGGGAUGCUGUUGUACAAUGAUAUGGUGUAGCUUGGCAUUUCCAAAGACCGAAUACAUUACGGAUUGCAUAGUUUAAUGUUUCUAAUAAGAGUCUUAGUGUUAGGUCUGAAGAUGUGUUUAUCUUUAAGGACAGGGACUUUUAAUAUAGGCAUUCUCAUGCAAACUAGAUACCUAGAGACCCCUAACAACUUCCCACCUUUUGAGGGGAAGCUCCUGUCUAGAGGUGCAAACAUCCACCCGUCCACACACCCAUAGACAGACAGACAGAUAGCUAGAUGUGUGCGUGAGUGUGUACCCUUCCAUACUGUAUCAUCAAAGUUUAUUCCUAAUUAUAACAGACACCAACUGUACAGCAAAAAGUAACUUUAUUUUCAGUGUGAACUAUAUUUAAGGAAAUGCUUGAUGCACUUAAGUUAUAAAAUGAGAUAAUUUACUUUUAUAAACUUUAUUUUUAGUUUGAAGAGACUUGUGGGCAGGGCAGAGAGCGCUGCUCCACUGAGACCCAUAGCUUUGAGUGCUUGAGUUAAUUCUGUUUUCAGAGAGUGUCACUGAGGACUGGAAAGGAACUCGGUGUGGCUGACAGUUUUCACUGGUGGAUUCUUGCUCUUUGAGGUUGAAUCACUGGCCUUUGGGUGGGUCAGAGCAAUUCCUGGUCACAUCCUUAGAAAAUUUAAAGCCUAGACCCUUCGGCUUUUUUGGAAAUUUGGACACGUGGCCGUUAGGCAGCAGUGGGAAGGUCAGUUCUGCUCUUGAACUUCAGCAUCUGCAAGGGUGGGACGAGGCUGAUAGUAUGUACCUACCUCACUGGGGACACUGAGGCUUGAUUCACCCCCAGGACACAUGAGCAGGGCUGAGACUAAUAAUCUGAUAUUUGCUUAAAAUACAACCAGACCAGUCUCUUGGCAAAGGUCUGCAGAGACUUACGUGGGGCUGUAGAGCAGGAACCUGAGGGCAACCCUGCCUGCCCUGGUCCCUUCUGCAAAGCCUGGGCUGCAGGUAGCAGCUCAAGGCAGCUUGGGAAGAUGCCAGAGGCCUUCAGCGGGGAGGAGACUGUGACUGAUGGGUUGGAGAGGGCAUGAUCAUGGCAUGUUCUAAACCAGGGAUGAGUAAACUACACCCUGCAGGCCUAUGUGUUAUGGCCUGCCCUCUACAAAGGGUUUUUACAUUUUUAAAGUCUUGUUAAAAAAAAAAAAGGAAAAGUAUAUGCAACAGGCCACAUAUGGACUGGAAAGCCUAAAUAGUUACUAUCUGUACUGUCUGGAUCUUUUCAUAAAACGUUUGCUGAACUCUGUUCCAGAGGGUCUGUUUGCACACAGCCUCUUGGAGCUCAAAGAGGCAGGGAGUGGAGACCCAGGCCUCCUUCUGAUGCUGAGCACAGAAAACCCAGCUGCCCUUGUGCGCAGGGACAGUUCCACACCCUGUCCUCCCAUCGUGGUGCUAAGAGGGGCUACCUCUGUGCUAGCAGGCCUCCAGAAACAGGUGAUGGGGAAGACAGAGGACUCUUCCCAGAGGGACCAGGACAGGCUUGGCCUCACUCCUAGGGUCAUCACCGGUCAUCAGAGCCUCAGACACAGCAACUGGUCCCCAUUACUCUCUGCAAGGCCAGAGAGAACACGCCCCCUCAUGGUAGAGUCUAUGUUGUGUGACUUGUGUAUGUGUGUGUUUGUGUGUGUGUGUGUGUUUUUAAAUAAUUUAUGCAAACCACCGAGCAACCCAAACCAGUCUGGUGAGUGAAACUGGUGCAGAUACUGUAUGGUUCCACCGGCUUCCAUGGUGAGGAUCAUUUGGAGAAAGUAGCAGAUACUAUGUGAGUGAAAAUGAAUAGAGAUCCUGAUUCCACUCCUUAAUGGCAUACCAAGAUGAAAUUAAAAACCUCUUACAAAUGA